AUGCAUUUUCAUAGGAAAUUUUUACUGAUUGCUGGUUUAGUACCAGGCCUGAUAUCGGCUUCAUCUUUAUCCCGGUCGGGGAUAGUGGAUCUUGGGUACUCAGAGUAUCAGGGGAUAACGUUGGACAACGGCGUUGACGAGUUUCUUGGUAUCAGAUAUGCAAGACCACCCUUGGAUGAGCUGCGAUUUCGAGCGCCACAGGAUCCUGAAGCGACGACAGGAGUCUUGGAUGCAUCAUCGUUCGGUCCUGUCUGCGUAGGUGUUGGACAAUCCGCCAGUACGUCACUUGCAGAAGAUUGUCUAUUUGUCAAUAUUUGGCGACCAAAUAACGCGUCAACAAAGGCCAAUCUUCCCGUGUGGGUGUUUAUCUCGGGGGGUGGGUACGCGGAUCUCUCCAACGCCAACUACAACGGAAGCGAAGUCGUCCAGCAAUCGGGUCAUGACAUUGUUUUGGUUAAUUUCAAUUAUCGUGUUGGUGUGCUAGGCUUUUUGGCCAGCGAAGAGGUGCGCAAGGGCGGAGAUCUGAACGUGGGAUUGCUUGAUCAGCGAAAGUUGCUCUCUUGGGUUCAACAGAACAUCCAUCUCUUUGGUGGGAACCCAGAUCAUGUGGUUAUUCAUGGUGACUCGGCAGGCGCAGGGUCUGUUGCCCAUCAUAUCACAGCAUAUGGUGGCCGCGACAUGAAGCUCUUUGCGGGCGCAGUUGCCGAGUCAAACUUCUGGCCGACACAGCGAACGGUCGCGGAGAUGGAAUUUCAGUACACGAGAUUUGCACAGGAUGUCGGCUGUGAUACUUCUGAGAGCGUUCUGUCGUGUCUACGGGCUGUCGAUAUUCAGACGAUUCAGGAUUACGACGUGGAUGAACCUUUUCCAGGUGGCAGUAGCAGCCCUGCGCCCCUUUGGUACUUUCUCCCCGUGGUCGAUGGUGACUUGGUGCCAGAUAUCUUGUAUAACCUCUUCGAAAGCGGCAAAGUGGUUCAUGUCCCAGUGAUGGUCUCAGAUGACACCAACGAAGGGACUGCUUUCGCAGUCAACGCGACAAGCGCAGCCGAAGUUGCACAGUUUAUGAAGAACAACUAUCCCGGACUUACUGAGGACCAGCUUGAUACUAUCAACCAGGAAUACCCACUGACUACGGCCCUACCUAAACAUGCUGCGUAUUUCCCCUCCGCAGCAGGUGCAUAUGGUGAUUCGACCUUCACCUGUCCCGGAAACUUCAUGUCGGCCUCGAUGGCGCGGUUCGUCUCGUCGGACCAAGUCUGGAACUACCGCUGCAACAUCCUUGAUCCAACCGAUAUCGCCGAUGGACUGGGCGUCCCCCACGUAUUCGAGAUGCCGGCUGUCUUUGGACUUGGUGAAACGAAUGAAGCAUCAUCUUCCUUUGCCACCACCAACGCGGAUAUCGUUCCCGUCAUUAUGGACUACUAUCUCAGUUUCGUCAAGGCGCUGAACCCAAAUAUAUUCCGCAAUGACAAUGCCCCGGUUUGGAAUAGUUGGGGAACUGGAACUGGAGAGCGACUACGAUUGCAGACUAAUUCCACUGCAAUGGAAGAGGUACCGCAAACGCAGGUAGAACUAUGUGCAAUGUGGCAAAAGUUGGCAACGACGAUGGAGCAGUGA